AUGCUGCAGGCGAAGAUUAAACGGGAGCGGGCCUUCGACUACACCGUGAUCAUCGCCAUCGGCAGCGACGGCAGCCUAGAACUGGGCAAUCUCCGACGCAUCUCUGCAGAGGAGCACGACCAGAGCCUGCUUCUCGUUAUAUCCGAGAUCAUCAGCAGCGGCGCGGAAGAAGCCGAACUGUUGUUCUGGAGAAAGCUGGUGCUAAGCGUGUCCAUGUCUUUCGAGAGGCACUCGACUCCCAUGUCAAGCUUCAUCCGCUCCGCGAUUGUCAAUCUCCGCAACAAUGUUGCGGACGAGUUCGAAGCUGUGCUUCGCAGUGGGCCGCAGAGAAUCAUGGAACUCAUGCUGUUCCGCAAGCGUUUGGAGGCCGCCAAGGGAGGUGCCAAAAUCACCAACGAGCAAGUCUACGAAGCCUGGAUUCGCGACAUCCCCAAUCGCGAAUCGAAAGUGCUCGAGAAGGUGAAUCUCGAGUUUGUCUGCGCGGCGCAGAAGAUUUACAGCAGGCUGCUUCAGGACGGCGACUUGCGAGGCUUGGUCUUCGAGUUGGAGGAAGGCUGGGGCAAGGCCUCCCCUUUUUCCCAGCUUGGGGCUUUGGAGAAAGUCGUGCAGAAGGCUACGCCGAUCUCAUGGACGCUUCGCACUGUCAAGUACAUGCUGGAAGCACAGAUCGCGUUUCCGCGGGACAUCAAUGCCAGCACUCUGGACCCCGCACGCGGCAAGGGCCUCAUCACGCUGUUCAAUUUCAAGCACGAACUGCUGCAGCACGUGCUGACGUCAUUCUUGGAGUCGCUGCCGAUGCCAUUCGAUGACAAAAAGGAGAUCCGAGACCGGUGCGCCUCGCACGAGCUCUUCCGGGACAACUCGCGUUCCGAGAACCUGCAGUGGCAAAGCACAGUGAGUGAGGCUGCGCGGAAGGUUAUCGCCUUCCUGAAGGCAGAUGUCUACGGUGUGACAAACGACGGUCAUUACAAGACAUCCCUGCGCGGAACCAUUGUUUUCAAAGACUUGUUGACACAAUGCGCCCAUUUGGCCGACAGUCUUGAUGAAAUCACUGCUCUGGCCAACAAAGGGAUUUCAGCUCCGGCAGCCGCCGAAGGUGAGGUGGUGCCCAGCACCGCCGCAGCUGUGCCGGACACGAGCUUCGUGGGCCCUAAGAUUGCAGCGGUGGAUGACUCGAACGAGCUUGGAAGGUGGCAGGAACACAUCCAGACAACAAUGGACCAAUUCGUGAAGCUCAUUCCAAACACUGGAUCCUCCUUCACAGAGCUGGCAGCGGCCCUCGGCAACACGGUGGUGAAGAGCUGCAGGCCGUACGAUGCAAAUCUGCCACCCACGGCUCCCUCGCAGGGAUCUGUCAUGUUGUACAUGGACACGAAAACGAUGGGGGAAGCCUCGGCUUUGCCCCAUUGCCGGCUCCCGCCAUUCCAAAAGUCCUGGGUGACCACGUUCCUGCAUGCCUUCGUGAAAGCUCGCUUCGAGGGCGUGGGCGAGGACCCGAGCCAGGAGGGAGAGCUCAUGAGAGGGGACAUUGUCGCGAUCUUAGACGGGGGCCGCGAGGGCCUCACGUCGCAAAUCACGAGCGUCUUUACCAAUUAUGCGGCCACGUCGGGCAGCAGCAUGAUGACCAAGACCCGCAAUCCCUUCUAUGUGGUGUACUCUUUGGAGGGUAUCGCAGACAGCAGAGAGCGCAUUCGCGGCAUUUGCAAUCAGAUGGAGUCUAUGAAUGUGUUCAGUCUCGACGGGCUGUGGCUUCCGAAGCGCAAGCGCAUUGUGUUCGAGGGUGCCAACAAUGGGAACGUCUUCAGCCCUGUUGCAGGGCUAGGCUUGGACCACAAAGAUACCUGGCUUGUCAGCCCGGCUGACCGCAAGAAAGUCUACACCUCAUCUACGAAAAUCCUGGUUGGUGGGACUGUCACAGACCCACCUGCAAAGCCCCAGUGCAACGCAGGGGAACCAAUUUCCUGGCACCUAACCCAUCCGUCUCUCUACCUGGAGGUUCUGAAUGCCUUUAACGUAAAGGUGAUGGUCCAGGCAUUGGCCAUGGACCACUUGAUGGCCAUGAAGCGCCUCGUCUUUACUUUACGCAGGCCUGGAGUCCGGCAUUCUUUUCCUGCGAGCGUUGCAGCAUCUCAGGUGCAUCGAGCGUCGUAUCCCUUUCGUGGGAAUCGUUGUGAAUGGGGAUCACCUGGAGCUUUUGAAGGCCAAGAUUCGGGCGGAGCUCUACAAAGCCAUGCUGGAUCCAGAGCAUGA